AUGAAUUUGUUGUGGCCCCUGUACAUCGUUGCAAGUGUGUGCGCUUGGCUGUCUUCUGCCGACAGGCACAGCGUCUUCUGGAAUAGCACCAACCCCAAGUUUCUGAGGGACAGCUACAGGGUGGAGGUGCGACUGAAUGACUACCUGGACAUAGUGUGCCCACACUACCCGCUGGGCGAGGUCCAGUCCCAGGAUGCCGAGCGUUAUGUUCUGUACAUGGUGGAAAAGGAGGAUUACGAGGCCUGUCGGCCGCAGUCCUACGACCAGAUGCGCUGGGAGUGCGGCCACCCCUUUGCACCGCACGCGCCAGAGAAGUUCUCCGAGAAAUUUCAGCGUUUCACACCCUUCACACUGGGCAAGGAGUUUCGCCAGGGAGAAAGCUACUAUUACAUAUCCAAACCGCUGCACCAUCACGGGCGGGAGUGCCUGCGGCUCAGGGUGGAUGUGGUCGCUGCUGACGGCUCCCAGGAAGCCAGAGUGGCGACCGGAGGAGGUGCACACAACCCCUCCAACAGACUACCUUCAGAUGACCCAGAGGUCGUCCUGCCCGAUAUCCAGAAGAGUGUGAGAAAAAACUCAGCAGGGGCUGUAGCAGCUCUGUCAGUCCUCUCCAUGCUGCUUCCCCUCUGUACCCUCUUGAUCUUAUAA